AUGGCGGCAUCUAGAGCAGCUUCGGACCGAGAGGCCGUUCUCUGGGAAAUGACCAGCCAUUCCACAGACUACAACGACCACCCCCUCAACAAUGGCGACUCUCAAUUCCUCUUUCCCUUGAACCCUUUCGACGUCCUCGGGGUCUGGAUAGCCAAAGGUCAGAAAUGCCUGGGCCUCAAUCAGCCAGGGGCGCGGGGAGGCCCAUUCUGCAAUUACCCAGUUGGCAAAGACCGUCGUUCGGACGCCGAGGAUAUUCUGAGUCAGAUGUCGGCUCGCUCGCCUGAGCAGGUGUUAGCUGGCAAUAUGCUCGAGAAGUUGGCGCGCAUCCUUCUUUGCGAACAGUGGCACAGAAACGUUGGCAAGCAUUGCAAUGUGCAAAGAGUUGUGGACCAGUGGCGUCAACGGAUCACUCAGUUCAUCGCGGCCAGACGGCGGGCUUUGGAAGCCGGAGGACUUGUUACACGCACCACUGCUCAGAAUCACCUCGUCCCAUGGCAACACUCCGACCAGAACCCCGGGGCUUUCAUUCACGCAACACCAAUGACCUCGAUAUCGAGAAAGUUGCCACUGGCUACAAGCAACAAUGACAUCGAACCAGUACCAGAGAUCGAGUCUGAGAAUGCUCAACCAGCGCGUCAGCAGCGAGGUGUAGGUCAUACUACCUUCAUUGAGCCAGAUACAGCCACCAGAGUGUCGGUCAAGACAGAUUCGUCUGCAGCCAGGUCUGCAAAAUUUGGAAAGCACGCAGAUGUCAACGCAAGAGUGAAGGCGGUACCCAGACGAUGCAGACCUCAUGUCUGUAUUCCUGAGGCUAAAAUAGCGCCAACAGAUGCAUUCUGUCGCGGGUUCAAUGACCCUCAGAAGGCUACACCGUCUUCUUCAGUCGUCGACUCAGACAAUGCGCACCCCGAACAGACUCGUCGAAUCGAGAUAUCCGGAAGAGUCAAGGACAAGGUAGAUCGUCAGGUGUCCCCUGGCAAGAACGGCCAUGUCCCGGUGAUAGCCGACAGCGACGGUGUGACCAGAAAUCAUGUGAACGACGAUGUUGCCACCUCACCGUCGCCCCGUGCAGCAGCUCCCAGAUCCAGAACUCUCCCAGAAUCUAGCCAGUCGCAUGGUACGCGGCGAUCGGCUGAAAUCAAAGUCACGACAAGCGUCCACAUCGACCAGUUCCAUGCCUUCUGCACUGGUAUCCUGAUGUUCUUCAUGCUGAUAAACAUUGCCUACUACUUGUUUUGA